GUCGAACAUAAAAACACCACAAUAUGAAAACCCGGGGAAAAGUAACCAAUGAACGAGCAUCUGAAUAUGGUAUUUCUGUCGCUUUCCCUUUCUCUUCCGUCACAAUAAGUAAACCCCAGCAAAAAUGAGCCAAUCAAUGGGCAUGCUCUGGAGUGCGGGUAACUAAUACCUGCACUCCAGUUAACGCACUGUGCAUGUAUAUGUAUACGAUUUAACUCUGACACAUUUUCAACAGAAAGAUCACCAAACUAUGAUACAAUGUACAGUAAGUGCACUACACCGUGUUGUUUAAAAUUGAUGGGAUUUAGCCCUAUCUAGAUCAUACUAUCAUAUCUAUCUUGCACCAACGUUAUCUAGAUGGGCAGUUGAAGUGGUCCGCAUGUAACUCGAUAUCAUGACUAGUAUUUAUGAUCUAGUUGUUCGCAUAAAUUCAUAAUGUAAACAAAAAUGGUCUGAUGUGUAAUCACGGAUAGGCAAACAUGUAGAUAUAUGUUCGGAUGUGUAAAUAUGCUGAUACUCUUUUUAUAAAUCAAUUUUAAGACUUGUAAAGAUAGCGUUAACGUUUGUUGCAAAGUCUUAUUUAAGUGGCCUUUGAUGACAAAUUACAUUUUAAGUAUGAUGGCGGUAAACUGGCUGAUACUUAUGCUGUUCCCAUGUGUUCACCCCGCUCCCAACAUUAUUUUAUUCAUCGCCGAUGACCUUGGGUACGGGGACCUUGGUUGUUAUGGCAACACGUCCGUAAGAACGCCACAAAUUGACAGUUUAGCAAGAGACGGGGUAAAAAUGACCCAGCAUCUUACUGCAGCAAGCACAUGCACACCAAGCCGAUCGGCAUUCUUGACAGGUCGAUAUCCUGUGCGUACAGGGAUGGCAGCUACUGGUUUAAUGAGGGUCAACACGUGGCCAUAUUCGAGUUGUGGGUUACCGUCGUCGGAAAUAACAUUUGCUGAACAAACUAAGAAAGCUGGAUACUUAAAUGGUUACAUUGGAAAAUGGCACCUUGGACUACAUAAGGAUAGAAUUGGUGACUUUGAGCACCACCCAUUAAAGCAGGGUUUUGAUUACUUCUAUGGAACUAUUGGUACUAAUCUUGAUGACUUUGGAUAUGAGACUAAAGUUAUAACUAACCAAAGGCCGUACUGGUAUGGUGAACUUUUUACAAUAUGGGCGGUUACCGCAGUGGCUCUGUGGUCAUUGCUUAGGUCGAAAUAUAUUGGAACAGUUAUGUUUAUUGUCCUCAUAACCCUCUGGACAGUGCCUAUUAUUUGUGUGUACCUUCUCUUUGAAAAUUUUACUCUUCUGAGUAGUUUUGUUCACAGGAAUUUUGAGUUAGUUGAACAACCAAUCAGGCUUGCAGGUUUAAGUCAACGUCUUGUGAAUGAAGGUGUGGAGUUUAUGCAGAAUGCUACUGUUGCUAGGCAACCGUUCUUGCUUGUUAUGUCAUGGAUUCAUAUGCACGUAGCAAUAAAGACAGCUAAACAGUUUGAAGGGCGAAGUCAGUUUGGACGUUAUGGCGACGCUUUAGAGGAGUUAGACUGGUCCGUUGGUGCUAUUUUAAAAGCUUUAGAACAGCUCGGUCAUGGAGAUAAUACGCUUAUUUAUUUCACGUCGGAUAAUGGCGGCCAUCUUGAAAUUGGGACGGACGGGGGUUAUAACGGAUUUCUUAAAGGGGGCAAGACACAUGGUGCUCCAGAUGGCGGGAUUCGAGUACCAGGUAUAGUUAAAUGGCCGAGCGUCUUGCCACGUGGGAAAGUUACGGACGAACCCACUUCAUUGAUGGACAUAUACAAUCUUGUCUCGACUGCAGUGGGAGUAAAUUUACCAUCCGAUAGGGAAAUUGACGGGGAAGAUAUUUUACCUUUAUUGAAAGGUGACGUUUCGGUGUCGCCGCGUGAAUUUAUGUUCCACUACUGCGGUAACAGGUUAGAGGCGGCAAGAUACAGGCCAAAAGGUGGAUCAAAAACAUGGAAACUAGUAACACAUGAGCCAAAUUUAAUCCCCGGAUCAAAAUUAUGCCAGUUCGUAUGCAGUUGCAAUUUUAAUAUCCACUUGGCAACGCCUAAACUCUACGAUAUGACCUCUGACCCUGGUGAAACCACACCCAUUGACAGCAACUCCAAACUGUACAGAGAUAUAACGCCCAUUAUACAAAAUGCUAUUUAUAAUCACAAAAAUUCUAUAAAACCAGUUGAAAGUCAGUUUACAUGGGCAAAACUCGCGCCAAAACUGACAUGGCAGCCAUGUUGUAAUGGACACUUUCCUUUCAACUGUGAAUGCAUUGAUCCGAAAUAUUCGGAAAAUUUCACACUAUGAUUAUGUAGGUAUCUCAACCGAUAUUUAAACAUUUCAGGUUAUAUGCUAUACAUAUUCAUAACAUGGACCCAGGUGAUACAUAUUCCUGAUAUUUAUUUCGAU